GAGCCUGAUGCACUCGAGGCAUAUGAGGCACGAUAGAACGCUGGAUGAGGAUGUGGUGACGAAUGAUUGGAUCUUGGAAAGAUCAACGGCGGUGAGGGAGGAUGACAACGACGAUUCUAAGUAGGAUUUGAAGAUAGAGCUCGAGAGCUCAGAUCCAGCAUUAGAGUGGUCGCGGUCGGAGUCGGUAUCGGAGUCCGAAAGUAUCUGUGGCGGCUUGAAAUUAGCAGAAGCCAUCUUCCAGCUUGAGUCAGUGUGCCAGAGAGGAUGUCAUUCUGGAGAUUGUGGGCAGUGUCCACUUCAGGGGAAGAAGAUGAAGGGGAAUGAGAUCUUGUGUGAAGAGAAUUGAAGGAAUAAAAGGGUUUUCUGAUAAAAUGAGGAACGACGCUGUUUUGGAGGUGUGGACUGUAAAUUUUUUUUACAAUCCGUACUGAAAAAAAGUUUUUUUUUUUUUUAUCUUUUUUAAAUAAAAUUUAUAUAAAUAAAAUUAAUACUUAACA